UCAAAUAAAGCUUGAACUACACAUGAUCGCUCUUUCUUCCCUUUUUACUCAACUGCAAUCCACCGUCCAAUCCCGACCGUCGACCGCAACCACCCAAAACCGAACAAUUCAACGGCCAUCAUCGAACAGUUACACAAUGCAAACCACCUCACCCAAUCAAACCCCCCCACGUGUCCCUCAUCCCAAAAAGCUCCCCAACAUUUCCUUUAUUCGCGUGCCUUCCCACAGACAGAGAAGCCAAAAGUCAGGGACAAAAUCGUAAUUUUAAGUUGCAACCCGUACAGAGAAAGCUGGAGUUGGAGAAGGAAAGCAAGCAAGCGUGUCUUCUCUCCGUUUUGGAAGAGAAGCUUCACACGCAGGUCAUGGGCUGCUUGAAAAUAUUGUUCCACAAUUUGUACUGUUACGUCGAAAGCUCCUCCAACCUCCAGUACGGUGCCGUUUCGUUCCCGUACCGUUCCGUUGUGUUCGCUUUAUUCGUCAAUUUUUUCUUUUCCUUUCCCUUGUCGGCUGUCGCUUUAUUCGUCUGAGUGAGUAAACUUUUGGUCAAGUUUCUUACUCUCUGGAAUUUUAAGCUACGUCUUCUUCCUAAUGCCUUCUCCUCCUCCUACUCACCCCUCCUCCGCAGAAGGAGCUCCAAAUUCCAAGCAUUGACUUUUUCUUGUCCCAAAAAGAGCACAAAUCAGAGGAGCAGAAGCUUCACAGUGCAGGCUGAAGAGACACGUCGUGGGGCAAUCUGUAACGGUUUUCUGAAGACGACAAAGCUUUGCAAGCUUCUUUUUGCAGAUAAUUUGGUAAUGACGGGCCUAAUUUAUGGCAAGUGCAACAACCCUGUGUUUAACAUUUAAAUCAUCUUGCAUUUUGGAAAUGAGAGUGGCUUGGAGUACUUUAACACCGAGCUUGUUUUUUCCGCUUUCAGAAAUUUGAUGGGAUUUUUCAGUUUGUUAAGCUUUGAUUAAUUGGUGGUUGGGUUGACAAGAGUAUUGGGUGGACAAGUGAGAUAAUGGGGGCAAUUGGUGGGGAAGAGGCAGUGAAGUGGGAGAAGAUGCAAGGAGCAAGUGCUCGCGAAGAGAAGAUUCUGGUUUUGGUGAGGUUGAGGCCUCUGAGUCAGAAGGAGGUUGCAGCAAAUGAAGUAGCAGAUUGGGAAUGCAUCAAUGACACAACCAUCUUAUACCGAAACACGCUGCGGGAAGGGUCUACAUUUCCAACUGCCUAUACAUUUGACAAAGUAUUUCGGGGUGAUUGCUCUACAAGGCAGGUUUAUGAUGAAGGAGCCCAACAAAUUGCUCUUUCAGUUGUCAAUGGUAUCAACUCAAGUAUUUUCGCAUAUGGUCAAACAAGCAGUGGGAAAACGUACACCAUGAAUGGUAUAACAGAGUUUACAGUAGCAGAAAUAUUUGACUAUAUACAUGCGCAUGAGGAACGAGCUUUUGUUGUUAAGUUUUCAGCAAUUGAGAUAUACAAUGAAGCUGUCAGAGACCUCCUAAGCACAGAUAAUACUCCACUUAGGCUGCUAGAUGAUCCUGAGCGGGGAACCAUAAUAGAGAAAAUCACAGAGGAAACUCUGAGGGACUGGAGCCAUUUAAAGGAGCUCCUUUCUACUUGCGAAGCUCAAAGACAGAUAGGGGAGACCGCAUUAAACGAAAAAAGCUCUAGAUCACAUCAAAUUAUUAGAUUGGCAAUUGAAAGUUCUGCUCGUGAGUUCCUAGGCAAAGGCAAUUCAACCACCCUUGCAGCUAGCGUGGUCAUGGGUUUGUUGCAGAACUUUGUGGACUUGGCAGGAAGCGAGCGUGCAGCCCAGGCAUUAUCAGCUGGGAUGAGAUUAAAAGAAGGCUGCCACAUUAAUCGCAGUUUACUAACUCUUAGCACUGUUAUUCGCAAGCUAAGUAAAGGAAGGAAUGGCCAUGUCAAUUACAGAGAUUCGAAGCUAACACGCAUACUGCAGCCUGCCUUGGGUGGUAAUGCUAGAACAGCCAUCAUUUGCACUUUGAGCCCUGCACGAAGCCAUGUUGAGCAAACAAGAAACACUCUUUUGUUUGCUUGUUGUGCGAAAGAAGUGACUACAAAAGCACAGGUCAAUGUAGUCAUGUCAGAUAAGGCCCUGGUUAAACAUUUACAGAAAGAGCUGGCUAGAUUGGAGAGUGAGUUGAGGACACCUGGACCUCCUUCGUCAACUUGUGAUUACCCAGCGUUGCUUAGAAAGAAAGAUCUUCAGAUAGAAAAGAUGGACAAGGAAAUUAGAGAGCUGAAAAAGCAACGUGAUCUUGCUGAAUCACGAGUGGAGGAUUUACUGCGGAUGGUUCGAAAGGAUAACGAUUCCAGACAACCUUCAGAUGACCUUAAUCCUAAAUGGAAUGCCGGGGAUGUUUCAGAUGAUGAAGGCUCAGUAUCAUCAAGUGUGGCUGAUCCUCAUUAUAUGAAUGGCGUCAGAAAGUUCAGCAAUCCUCAUUUUGAUGACAGAGACGGUGAGAGCAGUGCCGAGGAGGUAUACGGACAGAUUAAUGAGAAGCUUAGAUCUGAUUCGUGCCAGAGUCUAGAGUAUCCCGCAGGUGGGACUGCAGAAGGUACUGAUGACAACUGCAAAGAAGUCCGCUGUAUUGAGAUGGAAGAGUCAAGCACGGACAAGAAUUCUGGAUCCCUUGCUUUAUCUACUGUUGAAAGUGAAGUAACAUCUGGGGAUACAAGUGUAGCAGGUCAAGAAAUGAUAUCAACCCCAGUGAAUGCAGAUAGAGAAGGGAGUCAGAUGCAAAGUGGUUUUACAUAUGGCACAUUGGAGCAGAGACUACAUAAUGUACAGAUGACCAUUGAUUCUCUUGGUAAUCCUUACCCUGAAAAACAACCUAGAAGUUUAAAGUUAACUAGGAGCUGGAGUUGUAGAGAAAAUCUCAUGGCUGGCUCAUCUUCUCCGGAUAAAUCAGAGAGAACCCCGCCUAAUUGGUUUGAGAAAAGCUUUCCUGGGAGACCAGAAGGUUUUAGUGGGAGGAAGGUUCCCCUAUUACAUUAUGAUUCCAACGCAAGGUUGUCAAGAAAUGAUUCUCAAUCUUCCCUUGGGAGUGCCGUGUAUGAGUUAGGAGGACAGACUGCAGAUGAGGAUAUUACCAGUGUUCAUACUUUUGUCAAGGGACUAAAGAAAAUGGCCAAAAAUCUUGAGAAUGACAGACAACUUGUCAACAGUCAGGACCAAGAGACGGGGGAAAAGUUUGAAAAGAAAGUGAAAGAUGUAGGAGUAGAUCCAAUGCUGGAAUUAUCAGAAAAUCCUGAUUGGCCACUGGAAUUUGAGAGACAGCAGAGGGCCAUAUUUGAACUUUGGCAAACUUGCCAUAUAUCAGUGGUCCAUCGAACCUAUUUUUUCUUGCUCUUCAAAGGUGAUCCAACAGAUUCCAUUUACAUGGAGGUAGAACUUAGGAGACUAUCUUUCCUCGAGGAAACUUUUUCCCGUGGAGAUCAAGCUGUCGAAAAUGGUCAGGCGCUCACACUCGCUUCAAGCAUGAAAGCUAUUGGUCGCGAGAGAGUAAUGCUAAGCAAGCUGAUGCAGAAAAGGUUUUCGGCAGAAGAGAGAAAGAGACUCUUCCAGAAGUGGGGUAUUGCACUGGAUUCAAAGCGCAGGAGGCUGCAGCUGGCCAACUGCUUGUGGAGUAACACAAAUAAUAUGAACCACAUUACAGAGAGCGCCGCCAUUGUUGCAAAGCUGGUGAUGUUCGUAGAGCAGGGGCAGGCCCUCAAGGGAAUGUUUGGGCUUAGUUUCACACCCCCGAAAGCACGGCGUAGAUCCUUUGGAUGGAAAAAUAGCAUGGCAUCCCUUAUAUAAACAUGCUGCUCAUAUAUAUUAUACCACUAUAGAUAACCAGUUUCUCAAGUUAGAUAGGCCACAGAGCGUUGUUUUCGUCACCAAAACUUGAAACUGAUUGCCUACGAUUAUCUAUAGGAAUUGUAUAAAUCUUAGUCGGCAUGCUCAGCGAAAGCUAUGUUGUGUUUUGGUAAUAUGGUUUCCUGGAUUUGUUGCAUCUUUAAUGAAAUAUGGUUUUUAGAAUC